CGUACCCGUUCGACCAGCAGCGGUGCGCCGUGGAGGUGCAGCUGGCGCCGGAGUCUGGUGGCGGGGCGGCGGUGCGGUUCUCCCCCAAGACGAAGGUGAGGUACACGGGGCCCGAGACGCUGGCCAUGUACACGGUGAAGCACGUGGAUCGCGUGGAGGCUGCCGAGAACAGCCUGAGGGUGGAGUUUGAGCUGCACCGGCGGCAGGGCGUCAUCAUGCUGUCCACCUUCCUGCCGUCAGGACUGCUGCUGUUGGUGAGCUGGGCCACGCUGUUCGUGCAGGUGACAGCGCUCAACGUGCGCGCCAUCAUGUCCCUCACCACACUGCUGGUGCUGUACACACUCUUCUCCAACAUGUCCAACUCGCUGCCCGCCACCGCCUCCAUCAAGCUCAUCGACGUGUGGUUCUUCUUCAUUAUCUUCCUGCUCUUCACCAACAUCGUGGUGCACAUCUGCGUGCGUCCCACCCCACCGCCCAAGAAGGACGUGUCCACCUUCCUGCCGGCGCAGCCACAGAUACCCAGGGAGCCCGAGCCACCCAGACUCCUGCGCUGGUACAGGCUGGUCGUUCUGCCCGUGCUGGUGGGCCUCUUCAACCUCACCUUCUGGGUGGUGGUGUUCAUCCAGUGACACACCCGCGGAAACACACUCUUCCCCCGCCUCUCUCUCUCUCUCUCUCUCUCUCUCUCUCUCUCUCUCUCUCUCUCUCUCUCUCUCUCUGACCACUGUGUGUCAUAAGUAUGUGAAUCAAGUACAAG